AUGAAAGGUCGCUCCGCCCACAUAUACUAUACACCCCCUACUUUAUUACCACCCCGAGCUGAACAAUUUUAUGACAGAGGACAUAAUCAUUUGGUGGUGUCUGAUUGUUGUGCUUUAUCUAUUCGGCUGAAGACAUCAAAAAACUUACUCAGGAGUAUGGAGACCAAGCCGGAGACAUUGUGUCGCGUUUGUGGUGACAAAGCUUCUGGGAAACACUACGGCGUCGCGUCAUGUGAUGGUUGCAGGGGGUUCUUCAAAAGGAGUAUUAGACGUAAUUUGGACUACGUGUGUAAAGAAAAUGGACGGUGUGUGGUGGAUGUGACAAGGCGUAACCAAUGCCAGGCGUGUCGAUUUUCCAAAUGCCUGCGCGUCAAUAUGAAGAAAGAUGCGGUACAACACGAGCGCGCUCCUCGUCCGUCGGUAGCCGCCCAACACCAUAUGGCGCUACAGAAGCUCGGGUACAACUUCACGCGACAGCAACCUUUCAUUCCAAGUCCGACCCCUCUGACUCUGUCCACUUUCCCGCCUCUCCACGCAUAUAAUGGCCUAGUGUCCGCCCUCCCCGACGCUACCGUACACAAUUCCUUUCUGGACAGAUCUUCGUUUCAAGACUUCCCCCCAUCGAGACUUCCGGAUACAAUGUCGGCCGAUGCUCCUCAAAUAAGCCCACUUCUUAGCACCCAUGUCAGUGCACUCAGUCCACUCAAUCCAUUUAAGAUUCCAUUGUUUUCAGCGUCACUUCAUUAUCCAGUUCCACACCCCGCUUAUAUCCCGUCUAAUAUUUUAUAUCCAUCAGUCGUAACAUCAUCUGUUUCGACAAAUACUUUGGAAAAACAACCAGAUUCACAACUCUCUGAAAAAAUUAAAGAAGAUGAAGUAUCUAGUUCUGAGGAAGCUUGCAAAUCUGAUUGCCAAGUGGAAACGAUUGUGAAAGAAGAUACGAGAAAAACGUCGCUACAUUCUCCUACAAACUUUGAACCACCAGUGCACAUAGUAUCAAAAAUAUCAGAAAAACAUCCUCAAGGUGUAGACUACAAACCGUAUACAUUCGUCGAUUACCUGAAUGACCGUCACAAAGCAAUGCACGUUGUAGACAGCAACAAGCCAAGUUUGGAUGGCAUCUCAGAGAUGACAACAAAAUUAAAAAAGUAUUGUUUUGAUACUUGGAAACUUGACGAAGAGGUCUACGCCCCGGCUGCGAAGAUCUUAGUAACUUCGAUAAAAUGGCUACACGGGGUUGGCACAUUCGUUCAUAUGAAACCCGCCGAGCAAAUAAGUCUAUUACGUAGUAAAUGGAAGGAACUGUUUAUUCUUACAGCAGCAGAAUAUUCAUUUUACUUCGAAGAAGAUUACGAUGUCUCUACCAUUGCACUAAAGCGGCCUCAGAUCAAGGAGGAUCGCAAAAAGUUAACUUAUCUGUUGAAAAGAUUAUCUCAGUGCAGGCUAGAUAGAUCCGAAUAUGACUGGUUGAAAUCCACCUUGUUGUUUCGCACAGACACUACGGAAAAUCCAUCUGCUCACAUGGAGAUGCUGCAAGAUCAGUUCUUGAUGUUACUACAGAAGCAUUGUGCAGCCAAAGAUUCCACGCGGUUCGGGAAAGUCAUGCUGUUGCUACCCAGCAUAUGUUGUACAGCGAACAAAGAAACACUAGAGCACUUACUAUUCCCUACCACUACUUCCUUAGACGACAUGUACUCCGUUCUAUCGCGAAUACUCAUGUACACUUCAAUGUGA